AACCAACGACUCUCGUCUUCUUCUUUUUCUGCUCUCUUUCUCUCUCACCUAACCUCGCAAAGAAAUAACCAUCUUACUUUCUUUUUUUUCUCUGAAGAAAUCUCUUUUGAUUAUUAGGUUUAAAGAUGGCAUCAAAAAAAGCAAGAAAACCAAACCGACCUGAAACAAAACUCACAAGGAGCUAUUUCAAGAAACAAGUUCCACAACACAACAGCACCAACACAAGUACAACUCUCGAUCAAACAUCUACAUCUAGUAUUGUCUCGACAUGUUCUUCUUCAACGACUUUGUCUUCUCCUCAAGACACAAUCUACUCUGCUCCCACUCCCUCCCCAGCGGCGCUGACGUCACCAGGCGGUGGCGGCGGCGGUUGUUGUACUCCAAAAGCUAAGAAGUCUAGGAUACCGGAGAUGCUGACGUGUCCACCGGCGCCGAAGAAGCAAAGGGUCACAAAGAACUGUGUUUUACGGCGGAGACAGAUCGUUUUCUUUGCUCCUCCGGAGAUAGAGCUCUUCUUCGUCAACGCACACGAUCGAUGAACGUACUUUUAGUUAAUUAUUAGCUUCUUUUUUAGAUAUAGCUAGAAUCGAUACAGAUAGUAGUAUUAGCAGGUGAUCAAAAUUCAUCUCUUUGAUUUGUUAAUACAAUAACGAAGAGUAAAUUAUUAUGUUUCGU